AUGAUGUCCGUGCAGCAGUACUGUCUACGGUGGAACAACCAUCAGCCGAACUUCAUCUCGGUCUUCUCGACGCUGCUGCACAAUGAGAGCCUCGUCGACGUCACGCUCGCCGCCGAAGGUCGGCAGCUGCAGGCGCACAAGGUCGUCCUGUCGGCGUGCAGUUCCUACUUUCAGUCGCUGUUCACCGCCAAUCCCUGCCAGCACCCGAUCGUGAUACUGAAGGACGUGCAGUACAACGAUCUGAAGACGAUGGUCGACUUUAUGUACUACGGCGAGGUGAACGUGUCGACGGAACAGUUGCCGCAGGUGCUGAAGACGGCCGAGAUGCUCAAGAUCAAGGGCCUGGCGGAGAUGCCGGAUGCGUCAGCCGUCUGUAAGGCGGACCUUAGCAAGCUUGAUCCGAGCGAGUUGCUGCAGGCGGCGAAUGUCAUCCCUGGUACGCCCGCUGACGCGAUAUGGGGCAGUGCCGAAUCUCAGCAGCAAGCGCAACAGCAGCAGCAGCAGCAACACCAGCAGCAGCAGCAACAACAGCAGCAGCAACAGCAACAGCAACAGCAGCAUCAGCAACACCAGCAUGCACAGCAUCACCAGCAACAAGCGCAACAUCAGCAACAACAGUAUCACCAUCAACAGCAGCAGCAGCAUCAGCAGCAGCAACAACAACAGUUGCAUCAGCAAACGCAGCAGUUGAGACGAACGCCCUCCCCAACGAUAAACAUGUCACCCGCGGCGCGAAGGAAACGGUUACGAAAGACAUCAACCGGAUCCGGUAUGUUAUCAGCCGAGCGGCUUCAGCAGCAGCAGCAACAACAGCAGCAAGCCGCUGCAGCAGCAGCUGCCGCAGCCGCUCAACAACAAGCGGCCGUCGUGGCCGCAGCAGCAGCCGCUGCUGCAGCAGCCCAACAACAACAGCAGCAGCAGCAGCAGGCAGAAGAGCAGCAACACGCUGCGAGUGCGGACGCGAGCACGUUAAAUCUCGUGCCCCAUCUGCACAUUCAGCAGCAGGUAGACAACAUAUCGUACGGUACGGCGACGGCAGGACACGAGGCGUUAGCGCUGGGCGCUGCCGCUGCCGUCGCAGCAGCAGCAGCCGCCGCCGGCAACAACAUCCGCAUCAUCAAGGAAAGCCCCAGCUCGGAAGUUGACCAGCAGCAGCACGAAUCGUCACAGGAAAGCGUGGACGAAACGGGACACCACAUGCCGAGCAUUAUCAAAACGGAAGACCUGAGUGGGGUUCCGCAGACCAUACCGAUGGACAUCUCGACGACACCGGCGGCCGUCAACAUAGCGCAAUCGCAAUCGCAGCAUACCGGUGGGCAAUGGACGGUAAUCGAUACGAAUUAUUCGCGGUUUGGUAUUGCGCCGUGUCAGACGAAUUUAGGACUGCAGCAGCACCAACAGCAACACCAGCAACAGGUGCAGCAUCACCAGCAACAGCAGCAGCAAGCGAGUCAGCAGCAGCACCAACAACAUCAGGGUGAUAGUCAGGGGUUGACCGGUGCCGGUGGUGGCCCAAAUGGCACCCCAAACGGUGGACCAGCGGGAGCUGGCGGUGGACCCGGGAAUGGUGGUGCCACCGGUGGCCAAAAUGCCCUCGUGAAUGCGUCCACCACGAACUCGAACGCGACGACACCACAGCCAACGACACCAGUGCAGAUCUAUCAGCACCCGUUUUCGCCCCAGAUCAUCUCGGUCAACCCGAACAACAUGGUCAACAGCUACCAGUCGUCGAACCUGUCCACACCGACGUCCCCUCAGGGUGGCGCAGAUCAGGCAGCGGGCCUGGUGUACAGCACUGGCACGCCUAAUCAAUCUCCACUAGGGCCCGGUGCGACACCGACGGCGGGUGCGAAUGGUGGGGGUGCGGCUGGAGGGAACGGAGCCGGUGUUGCGGGGGCGACCGGAGCUGCUGGCCAACCUGUCAAGCGGAAGCGAUCCGUAAAUCCGCAAGGCGAUGAAAACUUCCUGCGAGCACUCGAAGCGGUCCGGUUCGGUGGGAUCGGAUUCUGCAAGGCGGCCCGGUUGUACGGCGUCAACAACCGGACACUGUGGCUGGAGUACAAGAAGCGUGGGUACCCGAUCAGCCGGCCAAGCAUCAAGAACCGCAUCAAGCUAGAACCGAACAUAUCGCCACCACCGACGGCUACGACGCCUCCGGGAGACGAGAACGCUUCCAUGGAGCACUACGAUACGGCGUUAUCUUCACCUGCUCUCAACAUGUCCCUGCAGCAGCAGCAAGCGGCCGCUCAGCAGCAGCAGCAGCAUCAAGCCGCCCAACAGCAAGUGACGGCGGUUCAGCAACAGCAGCAACAACACCAGCAGCAGCAGAAUAACGACAGCGCGAAUGCGGCCGCCGCGGCUGUGGCAGCGGCAGCGGCCGUGGCCGCAUCGUCCACCCCACUCAUGUGCCCGCCUCACGGACACCCGAUGGGGGUGAUGGGCUUCCUGGAUACGAGGCACGUCGACUUUGCCACCACGACCAGCCUGCAUCAGAUGUCCCGCCAGCGGUAUCCGGACACGGCCACCGUCAACAUGAACACGGGCGCCGUCAACCUGCAGGGGUUGAACUUUAAUUCUAUGUAA